GAGAUCUGGUGGCUUUUAUGACCACGAAGAUGGCGCUAGUGAAGAGUUGUGGAUUAUGAUGAGUGUAUUGGGCUUUAAAUCAAAUUUGCAGUGCCUAAGUUUUUACUUCAAAAGCUACUGCUGGAAAUCGUUAUCCCAACGCAACACAUACCUUCCAUAAAAUCUCAAUGUUCUGUUGCAGGAGCGAAGAAUAUAAAGAGCAAAACCGCAUUAAUAAGGAGAUUGAGAAGCAGUUGAAACGUGACAAAAAGGAUGCACGUCGAGAACUAAAACUUCUCCUCCUAGGUACCGGUGAGUCUGGAAAAAGUACCUUCAUUAAACAAAUGCGGAUUAUCCAUGGUGCUGGUUAUUCGGAUGACGAGAGACGAACUUUCAUUAAAAUUGUCUAUCAAAAUAUCUACAUGGCUAUGUUUACAAUGAUUCGUGCUGUAGAAAGCCUGAAAAUUCCAUAUGAAAACCCAGCAAACAAGUCGUAUGCCGAAGCAAUUCGUGAGAUCGACUAUGAAACUGUCACCACUAUGGAACCUCAGCAUGUUGUAGCCAUUAAAUCAUUAUGGGAUGAUCCUGGAAUAAAAGAGUGUUAUGAUCGUCGUCGUGAAUACCAGUUAACAGAUUCAGCUAAAUACUAUCUAGACAAUCUUGAUCGAAUCUCCCAACCAGACUAUUUACCGACUCUACAGGAUAUCCUCAGAGUUCGAGUCCCUACUACAGGUAUUGUAGAGUACUUAUUUGAUCUGGAUUCGAUUAUAUUCCGAAUGGUUGAUGUCGGUGGUCAACGCUCUGAGCGUAGAAAAUGGAUCCAUUGUUUUGAAAGUGUUACAUCAAUUAUGUUUCUAGUCGCCUUGUCAGAGUAUGAUCAAGUUUUAGUGGAAUCUGAUAAUGAGGUAAGUCGGUCAGUCAGUCAGUCUUGUGAUGUGUGUAUGUUCACAUUGUGAAGGUGUGUGUGUAAAUCUUAUAAUACCUCCUUUUCUCUCUCUCUCAUUGAGAUGAGUUUUGAAUAAGUUUCAUUUUGCACUAUUCAAAUUAUAUCGUGUCGAACGUCAUAAGAAAAAAGGGAUUAGAUUAGUUUAUGUGAGUGUGUGUGUGUGUUUGCGUGUUU